GCAACAGAAGAUUUACUCCAAAAGGACAAGAUUCAAAGUAAAUAUAUUUCAGAACUUACAAAAAUAAAACGAAGCUAUAAGGAAACGGAUGAACAAUACAAUAUAGUCAAGGAAGCUUUGGAAAGUUUUGCAGUAACUAGUAUACUGGCUUCGGCUAUGUAUAUGAAAGGCUUCGGCUCCGCUAUAGAUACACCAUGUUUGUUAGGUUGGAAUUUAGAGGUGAACUUCGUUAGUAUUAGAUAUCAGAACAUAAUCUUUUACAAUGAUAAGAAUGAGAAAAAGUCGGAGGAAGUGAAGGAUUUUUGGGAAGACAACGAGUUGGACCAAAAACUCAAUAAAAUAGAUAAAAAACGAAAAUUGGUCGAGGCUGAAGGUGUUGUGAAUUUUUUGCAAACGGGAAAUGAACGCUUAAACGAUACUUCGAAGAUGGUUCAUAAGCUUCAGUUAAAUCUUUUGAAAGGAAAUGAAGCAAAAAAAUCCAGAAAUGAUGAACAAGAAGAAAUGGAGGAUGCUAACAAGGAUGAGUCAGCUACGGAUAACAAACCUUAUCUCUUAAGAAAAAGACAAGAUACCGAUUAUAAUGAGGAACGGAUGAUAAAGAAACAUCAAGAUGGAUACUCUACACCAUCACCAUGUAGUCCAAAAUUACAUUCAUUGCCAAUAGAUAAUCCAUUUGUAGUGGAAGAGGACGAGUACGGCACCAUAAUAGUUGAUGAUGUAGACGAACUUUGCUUCAAUGAUGGGGAUCCAGCAAAUGAUCUUAAGAUAGGAGAGAUCAAUAUAUCUCAAUUAUUCCGGAAAUUUCAGAAUGAGUCAGUAAAGAUCGCAAAGACCGAUGGUCUAUUCGUUGAAUCAAACGUACAUGAAAUACUGGCACUGUCUUCGAUUUUUCUGCUUAUUCCAGGCUCUUACUCAAAACAGAUGGUCAACAUAUUCGGUUCUCCUCUGCUCGAUGAAGUCUAUCAACAAAUCAAACCUGUUCAGCAAACAGAAAUAGACUCAGAAUAUGAAUCAAAGUUUAGGAAGGUGAUCAAACAAGCAACAAAAGAGUCGCGUCGCAGUGCUACAAAAUCACUGCUAGCAGAACUUACAAACGAUCAAAUGUUGGAUGAGAACUUGGAUUCCGUUAUCUUGGAAUGUCUGAAAACGUUGCCAACUGAAAAGAUUAAAAAUGAGCCAAGCGAAAUAACGGUUAUUACAAAUUAUCUGGACCACAUCAUGAGGGAAAUAUUUCAUGAUCCAGACAAACACAUUGUUGAAUGGCCCAAUACGGGUCUUGACGAAAGCAAGGCAAGAAAGUCACAGGGGAGAAGCAAACAACCGGAUUUUGUAGUAUCUAUUGUCCAUCAGCUACAGACAAGUGGUGUCAUAUUUGUGGGCGAAGUCAGUCCACCUUCAGAAAAAAACAAUGUUUAUAAGAAUUGUAACGAUCUAAUCCGUGUUGGUAUUUUUAUGAAAGACUGUCUUGAUUCGGCUAUAGACUUGGGUGCUGACAUAAAAUUGCUAGCUUCAGUGAAAGAGAUGUUGCCUUUUAUUGAUGAAUUAGAAGUGCUUUUAGGAGUACGAGAGAUUUUUCGCAAAUCUUUUAAUACUUUCUAUGCUAAGAUCUGUAAUCCAGGUCCACCAUCAACAAAAGCAA